AUGUCUACAACACCAAGUCAUCUACAUCAGCACACAGAAGAACCCGAGCAAAUCGUUGCUUUGCAUAAUCCAUUUCUAACACAACCACCAUCAGCACCACCCUCACAACGACAGCAUGUAGAGAAACACAUUGUCUACUUUGAUGAUUAUGGCCUGAGUCCGCCUUCUUACAAUGUAGCACAGGAAAGCAACCACCACAACCCAUUAGAAGGAACACACCCCUCAGAUGGAGAUUAUCACAGAUCUGAAGACAUCCCAUUACAUACUUACUCUGAAGACACGUUCUCUUCAGUGUCUGACACAGCUCCAUUAAUGAUGGAGGAGCCUCGACCACUGGCCAGCGACUACACACCGUCAGCACCAUCACUUGAUCAAGUACAAGAAAGUAGGUUCGAAUCCAUGGACGACAAGACACCCAAAAAGAAGAGCAAAUUGACACUGACUCGCCUGUUUCUUGCCUGCUGCGUAUGGUUUGUGGGCAUUACAUUCAUGUCAGUCAGUGUCUUUGCAUACGAGUGCUUUGACAAGUGCAAAACCGAUGAAGAAUGCCAUGGUUGUGUGUUGGGUAUCCGGAAGGGAGGCAUAUCGCUAGCAUAUACCUUCUUUGUCCUUGGCUGUGUAUUCACUACCUAUAAAGCUGUUCGUUUCACCCUGUCUGCAUAA